CUCAGUGGCUGGCCAGCUAGGAGAGGCAUUCUCCAGCUCUCACAGAAAUCCUUGCCGCUUCCACGGUUGAAGCAACUGAGUGACUCAUUGUUAUCUAUCAGAAGAGGAGCCUUCAGUGCCAAAACCAGUUGAACAUUCCAUGCAACGAGUUCAUCGCAUCCAUUUGGCUUCAGUAGGUCAGAACUCUUUGUCACUAACACAGACAGGACUGACCAACCACCUCCCAGUAUUAGGACACAGCAGGCUGACAGACUUCUUCAUUCAGUGGUGGAGGCCGAGGAAUGAAUGACUGGCGACCGUUUAUCUAUGGAGGUCUAGCUUCUAUGACCGCAGAAUGUGGGACUUUCCCCAUUGACACCACGAAGACGAGGCUUCAGAUCCAGGGCCAGCGUAUCGAUGCACGGCACACAGAACUCAAGUACCGGGGCAUGCUCCAUGCCAUUUUCCGUAUCUUCAGAGAGGAAGGCAUCCAUGCACUGUAUUCUGGCAUUGCCCCAGCCAUUCUCCGCCAAGCUACGUAUGGCACCAUCAAGAUUGGAGUGUACCACACGCUCAAGAGGAUCGCGAGUCCCAGAUCUUCAGAUGAGACACUGACGAUCAACGUGCUGUGCGGUAUCACAGCGGGCAUCGUGUCCAGUGCAAUCGCCAACCCCACAGAUGUACUCAAGGUCCGGCUGCAGGCUCAGGGGACGAGCAGGGACAACAUGCUCUACGCAUUCCUCAACAUCUACCGCACCGAGGGGCUUCCAGGACUCUGGAGGGGCGUGUUCCCCACAGCCCAGAGAGCGGCCACCGUGGCUGGGGUUGAGCUCCCAGCCUAUGAUAUAUGCAAGAAACAGAUUAUACAUUCUGGGUAUCUAGGAGACACCAAGACCACACAUUUCUUAGCCAGUUUUCUAGCGGGUCUAGCUGGCGCUAUUGCCUCCAACCCAAUUGACGUGGUUAAGACACGUCUGAUGAACCAGAAGCGGUUGAAAACAGCAGUUAUCGGUGAUGGAAUCACGCCUGCAAUCUACACAUCAACUUCCCACUGCUUUGUCCAGACGGUGAAGACAGAAGGCUUCAUGGCCUUGUACAAGGGCUUCGUCCCCACCUGGGUCCGACUCGGGCCGUGGAACAUCAUUUUCUUUAUGACCUACGAGCAUCUGAAGAAGUCGUACUGAAGACAGUCACAGCCAACACAUCAAAUACUCUGUCAGCACGGGCUUGCUGCUUCAAACACCCGGAGUUCAGAGGUCACGCCACCAGGGGGAGAUAACUGUGGACUCUACUGCCAGAACACUUUGCUCAAGCCAACUGGAAUCUGUGAUACGGAUGAAUCUCCUUGAAUCCUCUUCCUUCAGUUCACAUUUUGACAACUUCUGCAACCGGUGAUGGUUGGACAGAUCAGAUUCCUGGAAUAAUGAUAUUCUACAUUAGAUCAAAAUUGUACUCUGACUAUAAUCUGUUUUGUACCUGAUUAGAAAGAUUAAUCUUUACGAUGUUUAACUAGAGGACAGACAAAAUAUGUCUAUAUUGAAUUAAUAAUUUGAAACCAAUAUUUAAUUAGAAUAUUGUCCAUUUGGGUUAUGAGAGGUUUAUGGUCUGGUCUAAGGGAGAUAACUCUGCACAGACGCACUUGCCCUAGUAGCCAUUUAACUAGUUAGGAUGUGGUGUGCAAUGGGAGCCACAAUUUUCUUGCUGUUACACAUGAUGGAGGCGGUCAGUCUUCAUCAAGAAGAGUUGUACCCAAGAUGUCUUCAUGGAUUGUUCUGUGAGUCAUUGCACUUUGCUGACUAACACUUAACAAAAUCUUGUUCACUAAGAGCUGCACUAGUUUUUGAGAAUACUGUUAUGAUGUAAAUGUACAUACCUUUUCCACCUUUAUACGAAAAUAGCAUUUUAAUGUGUUAGAAGGUAUAUUAAUCAAGAAUCGUUACAAAGAAUUUCAGAUGGCAGGCAACCUGAAACGGACGUCUUUCCUGGUUUUAUUUUCAUCUUUACUUCGUCAAGGACGGCAGUUUUGUUGUCCAGGCAUAGUGUGUGUGACAGAUUCAAGGCAUAUACAGAUCAUCAUCAUCAUAGUCAUCAGAUUUUAUCUCUAGAUUUUUAUGUUGGAAAUUAAUAAGACAUUGUCAAAUUCAUUCUUUGAAGUUAUUUGGUUUCAUAGUGAAAGUAGUCUGCUGGUUAGCCAUAUUAAUAUUUACAGAAGAGAAAGAAAAAUGGUAUUUCUUGUAAAUAAUACCAUCAGAUAGGAAACAGUAAGAUGUGAUAAUUUUGAAGUAUUUUACGGUUAUAUAUGCCACAUUCAGAGCUGCCCAAAUUAUUAUUUUUGCAGAAACAUUGCAAUACUGCCAUUGAUAAAGUGAAGUAUAUUUUGAUAUCAUUGACAAGUGAUUUGACUUUGUUGCAGGGUUAGUCAUAAGUACAGCCAAUUAAUAUUCAAUUAAUAAAAAAUCAUGAUUUAGCUUGUGAUUUGAAGAUCUACAGAUCUUGUGUUUGGUUGAGAACAGCAAUGCUAAACACAAGUUUUUAAUUAUAUUUGUCAAACCCAUACACAAUCAUGCUAGUGGUUACUAUGUAUCUAGGGCGAAUUUUUGUAUAUUUUACGGACCCCAUUUGUCCCAGAUAUGCCAACUGUUGGUGUAUUGUUUGUUUUUUUAAAAACAUUGAAAUCAGAGGGAACAGAUACGCCAGAAUCUUGGAUGUGUAUUCUGUAAAUAUCUUCGAAGAAGUGUGUACAGAUGUGAUGUUAAGUUUUGAAAUUGAUUUCUUCGUUGUACAGGUCAUUGUUUGCUGAAAAUACAGAAAGUAUAUAUUUUUAAGAUUUGAUCGUUUCUGUCUCAAAGACUUAUCCCACUUUCAUUGUAGUAAGGAGUGUCCCAUGAACUGGUGUGAUCUAAGUUUUGGCAAUAUGUUCAUAAUAACUCCUCAACAUCAGAUGAUUAUGUAUUAUCAUUUUUAUCACGAAGAUAAUUUUUCGUUCUUCAGACAACAAGUACUAUCGGUACAUUAAGUUAUUUUGAUUAAACAGUUGCUUGUUUUCUGUGCUAAAUAGAUUACAUUUGAUGUAAAAGUUGAGAUCGUUCCAAAUCACUGAAUAUUCUCAUUUUAUCAAAAUGUCAUUUAUUUGGUUUGUUGAUGAGUAUGAUAUUUUUCGGUCCCGGUUAGUGUUGUUUUUGUUUGUGUCUCAACUCCAUGAGGAACAUAUCUCACAUUAGUUUUGAAACAAGGCCCAAUUCCUAGUCUCUUUGUUGUGCUUCCUUGGAUUUAAAAAAAAAAACUUUUUUAUUUUUUUUCAAAAUUAACUUAGCUUUUCAUGGAUUUUGUUCAACGAUUUUCUUCUAUAUUUUUAUCUCCUAAAUUGAAAUCUUGGCCCCAACUACUGUAAAGCAACUUAUCUAAACUUCGAAGGGAUGGCCAAACCUUUGUGACUGCUCCAUGAGGUAGAUAGAUACCACGUCAUGUAUGAUUAACGUUCUGUGAUGUUUUAGUCUGAAGAGGUUUAUUUUUCUACAAGGCCAACUGUUUUUGUUUUUGUUCAUGGAUUUGCCUUGUUAGUGUGCUGAAAUACUGAAAGUGGGGACAGAUCCAUUUGUUUCCUAAAUAUGUCUUGACAUGAAACUUAGUGUACUUGGAGUGAAUACUGUUCUUGCAAUUAGACUGGCUUGUCCAUUGGACAACAAAACAAAUUGGUAUGGCCUCUUUUUUGCAUGCAAGGGUGUAUAUUUUGUUUUUUAAAAUUCCUGAAUUAUUCUUUUACAUUUGCAAAUUUCCACUAAAUUAUGUGAGUUCUGCUGAAGUUGUAAUUGACUGUAGAAAAAUGUCUUCCUACGGUCAGUGCUUAGAAAUUGUUAGUCUUGAUAUAGUCAGAAAUUUCAUAAGGGUCCAAUCGGCUAAAACAAUUGCACAUUUUGAUAACGCCUUGACAUAAAUAUUUUGUAUGAAAAUGAAUGGUAAAAUAUUAGGCUUGGUCCAAUUGUUUCAUAUUUCUAAUUGGUUUAGGUGUCCUUAUUUCAUACACUCCAGAUUAGCAUCAUAAGUGCCAAUCAGCAAGGACAAGUUUCUUGUUUUCACGUUAUUUUGCAAUCAAUCUUUGUCUCUCCAGAAUUGCUAUCUUCUAUUACAGGCCUUUGUUUGAGGGCUCUUUUCCGACUUGUGUUACACUGUACGAUGGUCGUGUAUCUUGUAGGAACGCAGCUGGGAUGAGUGAGUGUCUCCCAACAGGGACAAUAAACCAGAAUACAUCCA